UAUGCGCGUGCACACCUGCCGUCAAGCACCAGCGGGUAAACACGCCGAGCAGAAGUCGACAGACUCGACUCCCCCUCUCCUCCUCCUCCUCUAUGUUGUGGUCGCCUACUAGAGUUUCUUCCUCCCCCCAAAGUCUCUGGGCGUAUCUGGUGAACUCUUGCACUACUCCCACGUUCACACUAUAUUUCUCCGGCUGCGCACGUGGAGCCACGAGAAGAGCGGCUGCACUGUUGCGGUCUCAACGCUUCUUUGCCCGGAGCUUCUCGGCUAUGACGCCACGACAAACGCGGCCACCUGUGGUGCGAAGCGACCAACGAGGGACAAACUCCCAACAUUCUCCGACCAUGACUCCCGCUUGAGCUCCGCUCUUGUGUCAGCCUCACCCUUCUCUUUCUUCCCCCCCUAAUCCCGCUCUCUCCAAUUUGAGUCCGCGCACACCAUUAUGGUAGAUAAAGGCCCCUUGUUGACAUCUGCAAUUAUUUUCUACCUGUCCAUUGGGGCAGCCAUUUUUCAAGUCCUGGAGGAGCCCAAUUGGAAGCUGGCUGCAAAGCACUACAAACAACAGAAGGAGAAAAUACUGAAGGACUAUCCCUGUCUGACGAAAGAUGAUUUGGACAAAAUAUUACAGAUAGUCUCAGAUGCUGCUGACCAAGGGGUCACUAUAACUGGCAACAAGACUUUCAACAACUGGAACUGGCCCAACGCUGUCAUCUUUGCCGCCACUGUCAUAACUACUAUAGGUUAUGGAAACAUUGCCCCAAAAACUUCAACUGGACGUGUAUUUUGUAUCUUCUAUGGGCUCUUUGGUGUGCCUCUGUGUCUUACCUGGAUCAGCGAGCUCGGGAAGUUCUUUGGUGGACGAGCCAAGCACUUUGGCCAAUAUCUAACCAAGAAAGGAUUUUCACUGAGAAAGGCUCAGUUUACCUGCACAGCUAUUUUUCUUCUCUGGGGGUUGCUGAUCCAUUUAGUCCUUCCACCUUUUGUUUUCAUGUCCCAGGAGGGUUGGACAUAUAUUGAAGGCUUGUACUUUUCCUUUGUCACCUUGACGACGAUUGGUUUUGGUGACUUGGUAGCAGGUGUGGAACCCACCAAAGAUUACCCAACGCUGUAUCGUUACUUUGUGGAAGUGUGGAUUUAUCUUGGGCUGGCCUGGCUUUCCUUGUUCUUCAACUGGAAAGUACGAAUGGUGGUCGAAGCCCACAAAGCACUGAAGAAACGACGCAAGCUACGCAAGCUAUCUCUCGAUGAGCUACGGCUUUACAAAGAGUCUCACAAGGCCGCACUUCGCCUGCCACCCACUCCUAAGGAUGUCAACAUCUUUGGAUUCCUGUCUAAGAAGCAAGAAGGCUACAAUGACCUAAUCAAACAAAUUGGCACAAAAAGUGAUGAGCGAGACAAUAGUAGCCCAGGGAAUGCCAACAGCGAUGCCAAAGACAUGUCUAGAUCUAAGAGCUGCAAUGACACCCCUAUGUUUAACGGCCACACGAUUCUUAGUUUAGAGCGUUCACCACGGCACAAGAGGCGAUACAGCUUCAGUGACCGUGUCACUGUUGCUUUCUCAAAGUCCAAGAACUACCUCCUGGGCUCUGACAGCGGUUUGCUGCUAACGGAGGAUCAUGUCGACAGGGAUGCCGAACUUGACCAAGACCAAAUAUAUGAGAACCAGCUUGACAAAGAUGUGGACUUGGAGAAUCCAGGAUUGGGAGAUUGUGGAAGAAGUAGUCGAAGGAGGUGGGAUUCAAAAGACUACCAUUCCCUUAUGUUCCAAAAUGCAAAUAUUACUUUCAUCGAUGAGGAAAACUUUCUGAGCAAUCUGGAGGAGGAGGAUAACGACGAUUCCAAAGCGAAAUUAUCUAUAACAACUUGUGAUGAGAACAUUGAAAGCAACUCCAAAGAGGAGCAGAGUUCAGUGUCAGACUUCUGUGUUUUUAGCAGCGAUGUAUCUGAACACAGCCACUCUUAUGAGACACUUGUCGAGGAAUAUUCAAAGGAGAACAAUACAGAACCUUGAAAGAACAAAGAACUGUGUCUUAUGAACUGUGACGGUAUUGAAGUUUUUCUAAUGUGAACUGUUAAAAAAAAAAAAGAUUGGACACCCCUUUGCGCUUUUGCGGUAGGAAAAGGAUAAACCACCAAGCCAAAUAAUGUUUUCUUUUUCUUACAAAUGGAAAUCCAGAGUAUUUGAGCUUCCUGUGAUCCUGUUGCCAUCAGCUCUAUUUAUGUAAUGUCUGCCAAACGUCUUAUUCAUAUCUCAAUCAUGAUCAAAUCGACUGUUUUCCUCUUCAACUUCUUUUCUGUGCGUUGUCCAUUUAGAAAAUUAUGUUUAUGUUUGAACAUAUUAGUUUUUACAUACACCAUAUUGGUGUUUUUAGAGUAUUUAAAAAGGUGGGCAUAGCAGUAGUCUGUAUAGUCAAAAGGGUUUAUGUGUCUCUCAUUGCACAAUUCCGCCAAAUGAGGACAGACAAAGUCCAUUGUAGGGCAGGUUAAGUACUUUUUUUCCCAACCUAAGUUAAACUGUUGUCCAAUGAGAACAUUUUUCUUUCCGUUUCGUUCCUCAGUCCUUGAUGAAAGGUGUCUAUUCUGAGAUUGCUUUUUGUUUUGACUGUGCACAACAGACUUGUGGCUGCACUAAGGUCAUCAAGUCUGCACUGGUGACUUAAAAAAAACUUACAGCUAACCCAAGGUUAAUUUUUAAAGGAAAAACAAACAUUAUGAGCUGAAAAGCAUUGCUGGUUAUUGGAAAUAGCCACGCGAGGAAAUCACAAAAUAUAUUAUUAGCAAAUGUUUCCUUGUAAAUCCCCCCCAAAACACUCUGAGAAUAUAGUCACUUUAUUCCUGAAGUAAACACACACUGUAUUAUUGUAUACAUAUAUUAUUAUUAUUGUAUACAAUUUUUAUUGUAUAUAUAUAUAUAUAUAUAUAUAUAUAUAUAUAUAUAUAUAUAUAUAUAUAUAUAUAUAUAUAUAUAUAUAUAUAUAUAUAUAUAUAUUUAUAUAUUGUUAUCUGACCGCAUCAAAUACAAUUUUUGUUGCUCUUUUUAUUUUGGGAAUAUGAUAUGACAUUUGAUAUUUACCUACCAAGGUACACUUUUUUCCCCACCCUGCCCCACUUCAUUGCGUUGUAUUUAUCUUGUAAAUAUUGGCCAAAAGCCCAUCAGGAGCCACAAACACACCUCUUCUGACGACAUGGCCUUGCUACUAUUUGCCUUUGGGGGCUUGCACUGACAGAAAUGACUGUAGUAAUGCAAAUGACACCCAGCGAGGUUAACACGGAGCAGAUCAAUGAUCUGGUGACGUGUGUGUGUGUGUGUGUUUCAGUCAUGUGCCAAAGUCAGCAGAAAUCUUCCUCUCUGUUCACGUUAUUUGAAACAGUUUGAGGGAAGCAGUUAAGAAUUCCUGUCCAUGGCCUUUACUUGCUCUCCUCCUGCCUUUUGCACAUGCCUUAGAAAACUUGAAACAGUGUUGCUGUGAACGCAAGUUAUGAGAUCCCAGUGCCAUACAGCAGGGUUGUUGUCAAUUUUGAAGUCUCAGAAUCAUUUCAAGUCAAUGUAAUGUAAAUAUUUGGUGAUGUUUGAAGUUGUUGUGUCACAUGGAUCACCUUCUACCUUACACUGCCUUAAAUUAGAGGAAACGAUGUACUGCUCAACUUUAUAGUAAAUCACGUAAGUUGUAAAAUCUUUUACUCAAUGACCAAGGUGUGUAAUAUUUUAGGUUUUUUUCCCCCCGCUGACAUUUCUGGGUCACAUUUAAUGUGCAUUUCUCUGGUGGAUUGUUAUGCUUUCCUAGUGCUUGCCUACAUAUACUAAGAUGAUUUACUUCCUCAAGGUUAAACCCAUUUCUACAUUUUCCUUCGCUCCUUUGUGUAAGAACUCCACUGUGGCUAUUUACCGGUAUGUGUGGUUGACUUUUUUAUGAUUAAAUUAUUAAUGUUUGUAUAUGAUUGUAUUCUCUGUGUAAAAUAAACAUUAUUGAAACGUG